AGUGUCGCGUCUGUACAAAAUCUUUUCCGUCUAUGUCUGCCCUCUGUUAUCAUCAGCGAUCUCACACAGGGAAAAGACAGUAUGAGUGCAGUGAUUGUGGGAAAUCUGUUACCAGUACUUCAUCUCUCCGUUCUCACCAGAGACUUCACACUGGGGAAAGGCCUUAUAAAUGCAAUGAAUGUGGGAAAUGUUUUGUUCGUAUUACUUACCUCCGUUAUCACCACAGAGUUCACAGUGGAGAAAGGCCUUAUGAGUGCAGCAAAUGUGGCAAAUCUUUUAUGAGUCGUAAUGGCCUCCGUUAUCACCAUAGUGUUCACACUGGAGAAAAGCCUUAUAUGUGCCAUGAAUGUGGCAAAUCUUUUAUAAGUAAUUCUGAGCUCUCUUCUCACCAGAGGGUUCACACUGGAGAAAAGCCUUAGUGCAAUGAAUGUGGGAAAUCACUUGCUAGGAGUUCUGCCCUCCGUAGUCAUCAGAGAGUUCACAGUAGAGAAAGGCCUUAUGCAUGCGUUGAAUGUGGGAAAUCUUUUAGCCAAAAAAUUUACCAACGUUAUCAUAUCAAGUUUCACUCAGGUGAAAAGCCUUAUGAGUGUAAUGAAUGUGGGAAAUCUUUUACUGCUAGAUGUUCCUUCCGUUUUCACCAGCGAAUUCAUGCUGGACAAAAGCCUUAUCAGUGCAAUGAAUGUGGGAAAUCUUGUUCUACUAUUUAUGGCCUCCGUAGUCACCAGAGAGUUCACACUGGAGAAAGGCCUUAUGAGUGCCAUGAAUGUGGGAAAUCGUUUACCUGUAAUUCUGCUCUCCGUUAUCACCAGAGAGUUCACACUGGAGAAAGGCCUUACAAGUGUCACGAAUGUGGCAAAUCGCUUAUGAGUAGUACUGGCCUCCGUUAUCACCAGAGAGUUCAUACUGGAGAAAAGCCUUAUGAGUGCCCUGAAUGUGGGAAAUCUUUCACAAGUAGCUCUGGACUCCGUAAUCAUCAGAGAUUUCACACUGGACAAAAGCCUUAUAAGUGCAGUGAAUGUGGGAAAUCUUUUGUCACUAGUAAUGAACAUCGCGAACACCAGAGAGUUCACAGUGGAGAGAGGCCUUAUGAAUGCCCUGAAUGUAGUAAAUCCUUUCCCCGAAAAAGUACCCUCAAUGUACACAAAAAACUUCACUCAGGUGAACGGCCUUAUGAGUGUACUGAAUGUGGGAAAUCAUUUACUGCUAGUUCUGCCCUCCGUUACCACCAGAGACUUCACACUGGAGAAAGACCUUAUCAGUGCAAUGAAUGUGGGAAAUUUUAUACUGCUAGUUCUGCCCUCCGACGUCACAAGAGAGUUCAAACUGGAGAGCCUUAUGUGUGUAAUGAAUGUGAGAAAUCAUUUGCUGAUAGUUCUGCCCUCCAACGUCACAAGAGAGUUCACACGGAGAGAGGCUUAUCAAUGCCGUGA